CACGCACCGUUUCCAAACAAUGCUCAGGAAAAAGCCACGUUGACGAUCCAUACUGAAGCGUAGCCCACAAUUUGAGGCAGAAUAAAGCAGGAAUUCGUUUGUUAGACGCUCCGGUUCCCUCUCUGCUGCCAGACUCCAGGUCAGAGCCGACAUGUCAUCGCCGCCGAAGGAGAAAAUGGAAACCAAAGGCGGACAUCCCCCUGCAGUGAAGGCAGGAGGCAUGAGGAUAGUGCAGAAACACCAGGCAGCCGCUGCUCCAGAACCACCGCAGAAAGAUGACGACGAGGAGUACGUCAGCAGCAGUCCACCAAAGGCCCCCGUGAUCGUGUCUGGAGUGAUUACAAAGGGUGACAAGGACUUCACCCCAGCAGCUGCACAGGUGGCCCACCAGAAGCCCCAGCCUGGUGUCCCCAAGCUGCCCCACACCCAACACAUCAACCAGCACAUCCACCAGCCCCGCAAGUGAGCCAGGCAGCAGGCUUUCAUGGCCACCACCACCAGCCGGCCUUCCCAAUGGAACACAAAGGAUGAAGAUGGUUCCCCACCAGGCACAGAUCUCUUCCAAAUAAUAAGAGUAAUUUUUGUUUGCCUGUUGCGUUGCAUGCAACAGACACCCAAUGCCAAUCCACAAGCCGUCGUAGAAGCCCCACCCUUUAUACCCCUGCUGCAUUGGUGCUGCACGAGCAGUUCUGCACUUUGAGGUUGUCUUCUUAAGAAGGAUUGUUGAGCAGUUGUGCAGUCUUAAGGUGAUAUAAACGGGUGAAGAGUCUUCGAAAAUGGUUUUGUUUCACAGAUUAAAUAUUAGCAGAGAAACUGAUCUCAGAUCUGAGUCUGUUAGGGGAACUCUCGCCACAACCAGCCAAUCACAGCAACCUAUCAAUCAGGCCAACUAAUCAACCAGUUGCCUCACAGUGAUGAUGAAUCCAGGCUCCAGCCUUCUACCUAUGAUCUUCACCAACCAAAACAACCAAUCAACAAAUCAUUCAGUCAACAACAGUUUAGCUUCACCAUAAACCAAAAAGACCAAUUGUGAGAAUCAGUUGUGUCAGUGAGCUACAGGUACAGCACAGACCAGAGAGACUAAAACUCACCAAUUACAUGACAGCAUAAACCAAUAGUUAGCCUAAGGGCUAUGGUUACCUGCAACUUUGACAAGCAUUCCAGUUCGCCACUAUAUCAAAACCAGAAAGACCCACCUGAAAGAGAGAUGUAUAUUCUAGAUAUCAUAGAUAACCUGUUGCUCUGUAAUGGCAGCUGUCAUUAUGCAAGACGCUACUUGAUGCAUGCUGUUGGUGUUAUGACUGAAAAUAGCAAGCAGGAGUCUAUAUUAGCUUCUGAGCCUUUGCACAUCUUAUUCAGCUUUUUCCACACUUUCCUAAAAAUGUCUUUGUUCUUACCUUUAUUUAACAGAGAAGAGUCUUACCAUUCUCUGCCUCAGAUGUAAUGCUAUCUACCGUCCCUGGCAAUGUUCACACAUUUUAAUGCACAUGCAACCUGUUUUACAGUAAAAGUCAACCAGCAGUGCCUCAUUGCUUAGAUUUUAGCAUUUUUCAGGCUCAUUUGACUCCCAUGGAAUUUACACUUAAUCUGCGACACAAUCAAAAUGCCGCCAAAAAAUGUAAUGAACCCAAAGGAAACCGCUUGCUGCGGGAUGCUUUGUGUUAACAUUAGCCUCAAAGUCAUAAGGGAGUUGAUUGCAAGGUGAAUAAAGCAUCGCAGGGAAGCAGUUCAAGAAAUUGUGGGAUGGUUAACUGUCAGAUGAAGGUAAAAAUGGAAACAUAUUAGGAGAACAGCGUAAAAGAAGAAAAAAAGGACAGCAGAUUUUUCUACAUUCCAAGUGUUUGAACAAGGAUGCCAUGAGAUGUUUUAUCAAGGAAAAUGCAACACGUUCGUUUCUACUUGACACAGUUCUGGCAGAUAUGGCUCAUUGCAUAUCAGAAAUCUGUAUGAGCCCCUUAAAUCAGAUUAGGAUUUCCAUAGAAAUGAUACAUAUCAGCACACAAAAAUACACGCAUCACCCUUUUCCUUAAUCACCCAUCCCCUUACACGCAAUGGUCAUUUGUUGCAACACUAAUGUUCAGGUUUCCAAGAAAGAAAUUUAUCUUGCCAAGAAGGAGUGAUUUCAUAUGUUAAUUUAAUUAAGUUUGAAAGAGUUUUAUUUUUUGUUUUGUUUUUUUCUCAGUUCUUGAGUAAAUUGUUCAAAUUGUAAAAAUCUAUAGCCAUUAUGUGGACUUAGGUAUUAGGUGUGGUUGUCAUAUAAAUAAAGAUAUAGACUAUCUUUCAAAAAAACAA